CCGCCAGCAAGAGCAUACAGUCGAGUCAAUUAAGGACGCUAUCUUGGACCUACGGCAGUUAUAUCCAAAGGCUGGUGGUCGGGACAUGAAGCAUCUGCUCUUCUUCGAGACGCAAGGCAUGAAAGUUCCACGGUCUCUGAUCAUGGAUUUCUUUGCCCUUCAUGAGCCUGAUCUUGUUCGUGAGCGGCGAAAGAACUGUCUGCGUCGCAAGAAAUUUUGGGCAGCUGGUGUAAACGAUAUCUGGGCAGUGGAUCAGCACGACAAAUGGAAGGCGAAAUUUGGGCUUGCCUUGCACACAGGUAUCGACCCCUUCAUUGGGUAUAAUCACUGGAUUCGCAUCUGGUGGAACAACAACAAUCCACGUCUGAUACUCAGCUACUAUCUUGAUGUGGUCGCAGAACUCAGAUUCAUGCCUCUUGUGACGCAAAGCGAUCCCGGAACUGAGAACACCGGGAUGGCGAACGCGCACACCAUGCUCCGCCACCUUCAUGAUCCGAGUCUGUCAGGGACCAGUCAGCAUCGUUGGAUGCGAACGAAGAAAAAUGUUAUGCCCGAAAUUUCGUGGAGCCAACUUCGCCGCCGCUGGACUCCUGGCUUCGAGGAUUUACUGGAUGUUGGUGUCAAUGAAGGAUGGUAUGAUCCUAAGAUCCUGCUAGAGGCACUCGUAUUUCGAUGGGUUUUCAUUCCAUGGUUGCAGAGUGAGCUAGACGCAUAUCGUCACCGAAUAAACAACUCAGGAAAGCGUCUCGAUCGCAACAAAAUCCUACCUCAUGGAGUUCCCACACAUAUGCUGGCACAUCCCGAAGAAUAUGCCGCGCUGGAUUUCAAGGUCCAGGUGAAUCCAGAGCAUCUCAGAGCC